GGACGGCGGCGUUCUUCUCAGGUCAGGGGGCAUCUAAAAGAAAACGGCGUGAUAGCACCGAGCCGGAGCUCUAUAAAGUCUAAAAAGCACAAAGUCGGCUGCCCCCUUUCCAUCCAAUUUCGAAAAUUUUGCGGCUUUCUUGAAGAUGAAUGCUCUCCGGCUGAGCAAGAAGCUCUUCUCGAGGUCUCUCCUCUGCCAUACUUCAAGUAGAACUUUGACUACAAUCUCGCUAUCUUCCCUACUCUCACCGUCUCCCUCGUUAUCGUCCCCGGCCUUUCACCGCCCCUCCCCGGCUGCCAAUGGAAAUGUCGGUUCCAGCCUGCUUCGAUCCCCGUGGUCCGCCAUUCAAAACCGCGGCGUCAAAGUGAACGCCAUCAACGUGAGACCUGGGAAUGUCAUUGAGAAAACAGGGCGUGUUUACCAGGUGAUCGGAUCGGAGCAUAGGCAGCGGGGUAGAGGAGGAGCAAUGAUACAGAUGGAGCUUCGUGAUGUUGACACUGGAAACAAAGUAAGCUUACGGUUUGGCACUGAGGAGCCUGUUGAAAGAGUAUUUGUUGAAGAGAAAUCUUUCACAUGUUUGUACACAGAAAACGACACUGCAUUUCUAAUUGAGCCUGAUACAUAUGAGCAACUGCAAGUAUCACUGGACAUAUUUGGCAAAUCUGCCACAUAUCUAAAAGAGGAAAUGAAAGUUAGGUUGCAGCUAUUUGAUGGAAGACCUUUGUCUGGAUCAGUUCCAAAACAUGUGACAUGCACCAUUAAGGAAACACAACCUUCAAUGAAGGCUGUAUCAAUCACACCACGGUAUGUUUUUCAUUCUGUUGAUGCUUGUUCAGUGUUCAUUCUCUCCUUACGCUUCUCUAUAUAUUACAAAUGCAGGUAUAAAAAGGCCGUGCUGGAUAAUGGUCUCACUGUUCAAAUACCGUCUUACCUUGAAACUGGUGAAGAAGUAAUUAUAAACACUGAAGAUAACUCAUUCGUUGGCAGGUCCAACAAAUAAUACAUUCAUCCGCCACUUUAUUUUUUGAGGAGAAUCUGGGAUUGAGUCUCUGUUCCGCCAUAAAUUAUUUUAUAUUGAUUGUUCUACAUAUCCAAUUCGCGCAGUGUUAUAUCUAAAAAACUAUGAUAAUGUUGGACCAGGAGAGAGGCAAGAAGAUGGUAGAUAUUUUGUAAUACAUAUGUUUACAAUUGCUCUUUAGUGAAUUGUUUUCACUAAACUCUUUGUUUGAGCUUAAGAAUCAGUUUAGUUAUAUCAUUAUUUUAGUGUUUAAUGCAAUAAUUCUUUUUAAGCUUU